ACGACAAAUCAUUUUAACUUCAAUGCAUCCAAGACUGUCAUCCUAGAACUGGGCUGGGAAGUGAUAAGGAGCAAGCUAGAUCAUUUAUUCAUUUACUCUCAGAUUUAAAAGGAUUUGAAGAGAAUAUAAAAUGGCAGAAGUUUAAAGUUAGCAUUCAGGAUGAAUGAUGAUAACUCAGAUAAGAAAGGAGAUAAAUUGCAUCAUAUGUUUACCAGUGAUAAAAACGGGAAUACAGCUGAAUACACAAAAUCACCAUCUACUCAGUGCCCUUCAACGAAUCACGGGGUUUGGAAUGCUGCUGACCCAGAUGACAUGGUGGUGGACUCUGUAAUGGAUCCUGCUGUGGACAGCAAUGGAAGCAUUUCUUUAAGCCAUCAGCAUGUUGAGCCUUCAAGUGAUUUUAUUGAUAAGUCUGGGUUUGCAGUGCAUAGUGAUCCCACCCACCAGUCUUCUGCCCUCAGUACAACGAAGCCCCCAAACCUGCACAGCAACUUGGAUUCCCUAGGGGCACUCCAGGAUGAGAGAUUUGAGCCCUCUCCUUCCUGUGUGUGCAAGUCUGAUGGUGAUUUUGACUUUGCAGACUCCCCUGCAGCUUUGGAGCUAAAACAGACAUUGGACACAAAAGUGGACUCAAUUAACUAUACCUUUAUAGCACAUCAUUCUAUUGACCAGGGUCAGCCUUUACAUAAUCCUGGAGGUCUGCAGCCAAUGAGUGUGAGAGGUGGAAGUACAUUGUCCUGCUCCACGUGGACAUCAUCCCAUUCCUCUAAGAUACAUGUGAGAGGAAUUCAUUAUAAUAGAGAGAGCAUUGAAAACCUUGAAGCCCCACCCUCGGAAGUUCUGAACACAACCUACACAGUAUGUUCUGAUGUGCCGAUGCAAACCGAUAGUGUAGAUGUUAGAAUUCAGUGUCAGUAUUCAGGAAAUGUCACCAAAGAGUACACAGAUGGGACUGAGCAAGGACUCAUUGGAGAGAAAGAGAUACAAGCUGUGACACCAGUUUCUGGUGGCAUGGAGGUUCCCAAUGGGUCUGUAUUACAGGAGUUCUAUUGUGUAGCUGAAGAUGUACAAAACAGUGAGACACAUUCACACGGCUCAUAUGGUCAACAGGAAAUGGGCCAAAAUCUAAGAGAAACACUGUCCAACUGUCGUGUUGAUGAUGAAUGCCCUUUACUGGUGCCAGCUUUUGAUAAAAGUAAAACCAGAGUCCUGGAUUCUGAGUGUAAAGUCACUAUGACUGAAGACCCACACAUUGCUUUUCAUGACCAUGACUCAGAAAUCCAAAAUAGUACUGGAGAGCCGACCCUAAGAGGUGUCCCAGGGCAGAGGUUUUCGUUGUGUGAAAUGGCUUGGGAUGGAAAUGGUAGAGCUGUUAGCACAAAUAAUACAGCUUGCACAUCAUCAUCAACACCAGUUCAGGAAACCCCCAAUAUAACCCUUACACUUUCACCUGUUGAAGAUACAGAGAUGUGCAAUCAUGUAGAGAAUGGUCCAAGAGCAGCUAAAAAUGAACCAGACUUGAAAGAUAAGCCAGUGAAUAUGUCAAAGCCUAAUCUGGGAAAAUUAGCUACCAAAACUUAUACCACCACAGGCACUAAAGUUAGGAAGACAGAAAUCAUAAGUUAUCCAAGACCAAACUUCAAGAACAUUAAAGCCAAAGUUAUAUCUAGAUCAGUGUUGCAACCCAAAGACCCUUCUUCCCUAAGAAAGGACACACCCAAAACUCAGAUUGCCGGAGUCUCCUCAGCCCAACCAGUGCCUUCUAAGCAGUUGACAGUUGUGAACAAAACAGCAAGAUCUGACUUUAAUGCAGACAAAAAAGCAGAACUCCUAAUUAAGAAGACAGACAAGCAACAGUUUAAUAAACUCAUUACCAGCCAGGCUGUGCAUGUUACAACUCAUUCUAAAAACGCUUCACUCAGGGUUCCAAGAACAACAUCUGCCACGAAAUCAAAUCGGGAGGAUGUUGACAAGACAGGUUCUUCUCAUGCAUCGGGUGAAACUGGGUCUGUAGCUGCCUUUUUCCAGAAGAUCAAAGGUAUCCUCCCAGUUAAAAUGAGAAGUUCAGAGUGUUUGGAAGUACCAUAUGCUUCCCACAUCGAUCAGAUUAGCCCUGAAAAGGGUGAGAAGGAGAGCGGGGCUGCAGUGGUAAAUCAAGAGCUGGGAAAGCCUGACGUGAACGAGAUUUUUGAAUGCAAGUCCCUGUUUGCGGGUUCUGCACCCAAAACUGCCACCACCACCUCAGGAAGGAACAUUUCCAAGCCGGACACCUGCAGCCUGAGAAAAUCACCAGGUCUGAAAGCCAAAGUGGGACCUGCUGUUUCCUGCCUGAGAAGGAAGAAUGACAGUAGAACCCUGGGCUCUGACAGAGCCAUAUCGCCUCAGAGGAUCAGGCGUUUGUCCAGUUCUGCUGGUAAUGCUGCUGUCAUCAAGUAUGAAGAGAAAGCUCCCAAACAAACCUUCCAGAAUGGGUCAGGAGCCUUAUAUCUGAAGCCUUUGGUCCCCAGAGCUCACGCACACUUGCUCAAAACUCCUCAGAAAGGUCCUUCAAGAAAGAGUCUAUUUACAGCUUUUAAUUCAGUUGAAAAAGGCCGGCAGAAGAGUCCCAGAAGCCUGUGCAUCCAGACCCAGACAGCUCCAGAUGUGCUCUCCUCUGAAAGAGCACUUGAGUUGGCUCAAUACAAGACAAAAUGUGAAAGCCAAAGUGGAUUCAUCCUGCACCUCAAGCAGCUUCUUUCCUGUGGCAAUACCAAGUUUGAAGCAUUAACAGUCGUGAUCCAGCACCUCCUGUCCGAGCGGGAGGAAGCAUUGAAGCAACACAAAACCCUCUCUCAAGAACUUGUCAACCUCCGGGGAGAGCUAGUUGCUGCUUCAAGCACCUGUGAGAAGCUAGAAAAGGCUAGGAAUGACUUACAAACAGCAUAUGAAGGAUUCGUCCAGAAACUAAACCAGCAACACCAGACGGACCGGACAGAACUGGAGAACCAGCUAAAGGAAUUCUACACAGUGGAGUAUGAGAAGCUUCGGGACAUCUACAGCGAGGAGGCAGAAAAGUAUAAAACUCAACUGCAAGAGCAGUUUGACAACUUAAAUGCUGCCCAUGAAACCACCAAGCUGGAAAUCGAAGCUAGCCACUCAGAGAAAGUAGAAUUGCUGAAGAAAACCUACGAAACCUCCCUUUCAGAAAUCAAGAAAAGCCAUGAAAUGGAAAAGAAGUCACUUGAGAAUCUACUCAAUGAGAAGCAGGAAUCACUAGAGAAACAAAUUAAUGAUCUGAAGAGUGAAAACGAUGCUUUAAAUGAAAAGCUGAAAUCAGAGGAACAAAAGCGAAUAUCAAGAGAGAAGGCAAAUUCGAAAAACCCUCAGGUCAUGUAUCUGGAGCAAGAGCUAGAAAGCCUGAAAGCUGUGUUAGAGAUCAAGAAUGAGAAGCUCCACCAGCAGGACAUGAAGCUGAUGAAGAUGGAGAGGCUGGUGGACAACAACACGGUGUUGGUUGACAAACUGAAGCGAUUCCAGCAGGAAAACGAGGAAUUAAAAGCUCGAAUGGACAAACACAUGGCGAUUUCGAGGCAACUUUCCACAGAGCAGGCAGCAUUGCAGGAGUCCUUGGAGAAGGAAUCAAAGGUCAACAAGAGACUGUCCAUGGAGAACGAGGAGCUGCUCUGGAAGCUGCACAACGGGGACCUAUGCAGCCCCAAGAGAUCUCCUACAUCCUCAGCAAUCCCUUUCCAGUCUCCCAGGAAUUCCGGUUCCUUCUCCAGCCCCAGCAUCUCACCCAGAUGACACUUUCAGAACGGGGGAGAGUCUCUGAAGGCACUGAGGUGUGCUUCUGCAGGACUGACCCUCUCGUGGGAACAAGAGCUGAAUUAGCUUUCUGGAAUUUCCACAGGAUAACUGGAAAGCAGCCACCACCUUAUCGGCUACUUUCGAGUCAGGCGCUCCGGGGGAAGGCUGUAGACUUGAUCCAGAAGCCUCCUCCAAAGUUAGAUUUUGGAAUUGAUGUGGACAUAGUUGCACAGAGCACUUAAGGAACGAGGGAACCUUGUUCUUUUGCCUUCCUUCACCUAAGCAUAAGGGGAAACUCUCAGGGCCCUAUUAAGAUAAAGAUUUAUAUCCUUUAUAAUAUUCUUCACCAGAGACACCUUCUUGUGAUUUUUCUUUUUUAUUUCAGUCUGACUGUGGGCAGGGGUGUGUGUGUGAAUGAAAUGGGUGUACUGGUAUGUCAUGUGACUGUCACAGCCCUCUCUGCUGUGUAUUAAAAAGUCAACAGCCGAAUAUAGCUGGUUCUGUAUUAGUUGAGUUAUAAUCAGUGUACACGAGUCAACAAAAACCAUAGAAGAGAAAGCAGUAAUAGUGGCUUGAAUUACUACCGACUCCUCGCAGCACUGUGUGACACAGCAGGGAUAGGAUGUGACAGGAAAAACCCGUUGAUUUGUUGAUGUCUGUACAUUUCUGUUAGCUUUUCAGGGUUCAGUUUUGUCAGUUGAUACCAAGUUUGACUUUUUUCCUUUCCUUUCCUGUAGAUUUUUAUGAACCUAAUUGCUACACUCUGAUCCAUUUUACUCAGGCUACACGAGCUAAUUUUUCCAAACACAAAUCUGUAUAAAGACUAACAAGAGAGAAGCAACCAUUGGUACUUCUCUCUUUUUACCUUGAAUCAAAGCAGUCUUCAGAGGUCAACCUUCAUCUUCUCUCCCCAUUAUCUCCUUCUGCCUCUCCCCACCUCCAUAUAUAGAACCACGGAAGCAAACCUUCUACCUCUUUCCUCAUUACAAAGUGCUGUUCUGGAGCCAGCUUGUCUUGGAGGUGCUGGACUAAUAAGCUAACAUCUGGAUCUGGGGGUCGGGGAGUAGAGGUUUUGGCAACCCAAAGGGAAAUCAGUAAAGAUGGCCUUCAGCAUGUACUAAUGGCCAGCAGCACCUUGUUAACCAACAGUUGGUGUCCAAUAGGACAAGAGUCUGGGCAGUGAUGCUGAUUUAGGGCCCUUUGAGCAUCCUUCCUGUCAUUGACAUGUAACAAAGGUCAGCCAAAGAGUGAGAAAUGUAGUUUAUGCAACUCCAUCUCCCCAAGGCUUUGUAAAAGGUAGGAGGAUAACUGUGGCUUCCAUUCAUCCCCAUUCCACCCCCACUUCCCCAUACCUGUCAACAUUGUGAUGUCAGUCAGUAUUUACUAAUCCAUGUUCAAUGGCUGGUCUAAUAACCCCCUAUAGUUAGGAGAUUCAGGAUACUAGAUGUGGAUAUUUGAGUCAUCAUGGGCCUGCACACUGCGUAGCUAAUUGAUAUUCAUGACGCAUGCUUUUAAUUAGUGGUUAUGUUGGGUGAAGUCUAAUCGCCAAUAGUUUAUGAUAUAUGUAGCUUUCCAUGUUUGCUUCUGAUAAAUAGAAUGUAGCUUCACUGCCACCUCCCGGAAUAUCUCUGCUCCCAAGCCGUUUCCAAUGACAUUAGUUAGCCAAAGUUGGGGUUGUCGCUUUUGUUCUAGUUAUGGUAAAAAUUCAUUUGAUUCCCUGCCACCAUCCAUACCAUUUCGGUGACUGGGAAGUCAAUCUUACAGCAAUUAAAAUGCCUUUAGGGACUAGAAGACGAGAGAAGAAACAAAAUAGAGAGCUUUUAAAGGGUUUUUUUUUUUUUUUUAAACCAAACGUUUUGUGUACAAAACUGUUGACACAUCUUUAAAAAAAAAAUGUGGGUGUGUGAACAACUGUAGUUUAUAGUGAUGGAAGGUGUAUUUUACUUUGAUCAAAUAAAUAAUGAUGAAAUGUUCAAUAGAA